AUGACAAAUCAGUCCUACCGGGUAAUUACUGAGAGCCAUUCAGCCACUAUAGCUCUUUUUCUUCUUCUUCUUCUUCUUCUUCUUCUUCUUCUUCUUCUUCUUCUUCUUCUUCUUCUGUGCCAUAUUUCUUCAGGGCAUCAACUCCCCCCCCUCUCCCUCUCUCUCUUUUCUCUCUCUCUCUCUCUCUCUCUCUCUCUCUCUCUCUCUCUCUCUCUCAGUCACAGUGUGCGAGAGAAAGGUCCAGAGAGAGAGAGAGAGAGCGAUCAAGGGAUCUUUCUUUUGUUCUCACUCUCUCCGGAUUUCUCUCUCUCUCUCUCUCUCUCUCUCUCUCUCUCUCUGGACCUUUCUCUGUAUUUCUGGGUAUCACUUUCUGUCGUACUCUCCUCUCUGUCUCACUCUCUCUCUCUUUCUGUUUCUCUCUCUCUCUCACUCACUCUCUUUCUCUUUGGUUUAUAUCUAGAGCUCUGUCACUCUCUCUUAUGGGUCUCUCUCUUUCACACACACACACUCACAAUUUCACUCUCUGGGUCACUUUCUCUCUGGCUUUCUCUCUCUCUCUCUCUCACUCUCUCUCUCUCUUGUAUCUCUCUCUCUCUCUCUAUGGGUUUCUAUCUCUAUGGACUUCUCUCUCUCUUUUUCCCUCUCUCUCUCUCUAGACUUCUUUCUCGUCUCUCUCUCUUCCACUUUAUGAUUUUUCUUCUGAUAUUAUUGAGUAAGUUUGUGAAUGCUUCAUAUUUCAAUCCCUUUCUCUCUCUCUCUCUCUCUCUCUCUCUCUCUCUCUCUCUCUCUCUCUCUCUCUCUCUCUCUCAAUAUUUUAUCUUCUUUCUUCUUCGUAUUUUCAUGUUUUGUUCUAUCUAUCUAUCUAUCUAUCUAUCUAUCUAUCUAUCUAUCUAUCUAUCUUCGUCUUUUCAUCUAUCUAUCUAUCUAUCUAUCUAUCUAUCUAUCUAUCUAUCUAUCUAUCUAUCUAUCUGUUUUCGUCUUUUCACCUAUCUAUCUAUCUAUCUAUCUUCUCUUUUCAUAUCUAUCUAUCUAUCUAUCUAUCUAUCUAUCUAUCUAUCUAUCUAUCUUUCUUUCUUUCUUUCUUUCUAUCUAUCUAUCUUCGUUUUUUCAUCUAUCUAUCUAUCUAUCUAUCUAUCUUCUCUUUUCAUAUCUAUCUAUCUAUCUAUCUAUCUAUCUAUCUAUCUAUCUGUCUGUCUGUCUUCGUCUUUUCAUGCCUAUCGCUCUAUCAAUUCCUUCUUUUUUGCAUAUGCCUAUAUAUCUCAGUCUUUUCAUAUCUAUCUAUCUAUAUAUCUCUUUCUUUUUUUCUUUCUCUUCCUUUUACACCUGUGUGUGUUUGCACGCGUGUGA